CUGCGCCACCAGCCCGUGUUGUUGUGGUGGAUUCGUGUCGGAAGAGCUUUUUAUGCAAGUCUAAGCGAAAAGCGGUGUCAUGCUUACUCAUCGUUUCGUCGCGACUCUCUUACUCACCGUAUUACUAAGUACUUACUUAGCAAGUCCAUGAUUCAAAUAUCGGAAAAGGCAUAAAAUAUUCGAUUCGACGGCACAUCACCAGCUUCGACGUCCACGGACAAGCCAGAUAGCUCGCUGGGCUGCUACUGAUCGGAUAGCUAAGCGUCGUUGCGUCUGUAGAUCGGGUUCUCGCUCACGGUCAGCCUCGCUGCCGCGCGGAGGGCGCCCCUUCAGCCUGGCGCAAUGAGAUAGGCACACACCUCCCCCCUCCGAAGCAACACACCAGCAGGCCGACAACGCCGCCAGCAUCGCCAGCAGACUGCAGAACUGGUCUUGGGGAGAAACCGCCAGCAUGGAUCUCGCAGGAACUCUUAUUCGGAUGACGGCGCGGGCAUUUUACGAGACCCGUCAUAUCCUCGUCAUAGAUGCACUCUUCAUACACUCAGUGUAUGCCUUGCCUCCUCUUGGUUUCUGAGACUUGAGAGAGGCCUAGCUAAUUUGAUCUCUCCCUUUUUUGAUACUACAGCUUAAACGCCGAGGAUCUAGCCCUCCUUCUGGGGAUGCAACAGAAAGAUGUGCGGAAGCUUUGUGGUCGCCUCCGCGAGGACAGGCUUAUAGCUGUACACCACCGGACCGAGAUGCGAGAAGGCCAGACUCGCCCUCGCGAAUACUACUACAUUCCACUGUAUCCGGUCAUCGAUGCGAUCAAGUAUCGAGUGUCUCGCCUGACCUCGUCUAUCAAAGCGCAAUACACGCCCAACCAGGAAAGGAAGGAGUUCAUCUGCCAGCGAUGUUCGGCCGAAUGGACCCAGCUGGAGGUGCUCAGCAACGUGGGACCGGAAGGGUUCGAGUGUCUGCGGUGCAACGCUACCCUAUCGACAGUUGAUGAAGUCGAGGGGGCUGCUGCGGACAGGAGCGGCCACGAGAAGAACAGCAAGCUUAUGGCGCAGUUGGACUCCAUUCUGAAACUCCUGAUCCAAAUCGACUCUACCGAAAUCCCUCCCAACGAUUUUGACACUGCGUGGGAGCACAAGGUAGACGUGAUACGGAACCAACACACGAACCCGACGAAGGUUGCGAUCGCAGUCAACAAAAAGGGUUCGUCGACUGUCAAAGGAGUCAAUAAGACGGAUGCAUCGGCGUUGGAAGUCAGUCUUUCUUCGUCUGCGGAGAAGAACGCGGAAGAACAGGCGCAGAAAGAAGCACGAAAGGCUGCUCUGGAGAAACAGAACGCACUUCCAGUCUGGCAUACUCAUUCCACCGUCUCCACCGAAGCGAGCAACCUGCCCACCGUCAAGGUCGAGCCGAACGGUACUGCCCCCACAGCCGCAACCGCAACGGCAACUGCAACCUCUGACGCUGCCGCUGAAGACAGCAAAGUCGGCAUUAAAGAUGAAGAGGAAGAAGAGAAGAAGGACAUGGACGAUACUAUUGCUACUUACUACGCCGAAAUGGCACGGGAGAAGGAGCUUGAGGCCGCGGAGUCGUCUGACGACGAUGACGAAGACGAGGAGGAAUUUGAAGACGUCAGUGCCACUCCCGAUGCAGGUGCUCAGUCGGACUCCGCCACAGCCACGGCCAACGGGACCCCCACAGUCAACGGAAGCGGAGCCGGCAGUGCGAAUGGCACCACCACCGCCAGCGGCAGCAGCCUCAAGAGAGAGCUUGACUCUGAAUCUGGCACUAGCGGACCCAACACGAAUGCGGGGACGCCUAUCACGCCCGCAGAGGAGGAUGGACCGGCGGCUAAGAAGGUUAAGCUGGAGCCGGAGACAGAGACGGAGCCGGUGGUCAAGAAGGAGGAAGAUGCCGGCUCUGACGAGGACGAAGAGGAGUUUGAGGACGUUUAAUCGUGUCUUUAACAUCUUUAUUGCUUUUCGUUUCUUUUUCUUGCCAUGUACUGGGCGUCCGGGGAUGCAUGCGUCUUUUGCUAUCGAAUUCCUCUACCACCGUGUACCAUAUUACAACACAUCCAUCUACGGCAAAGGUAAUAGCAGAUCCUAUUGUUGCACCACUCUGCCGUCUUCAUAAACUGAUGGCUAAUACUCCAUAGCUUGAUGAGCGACCCUUUGCUCGAUCGGAAUAGUACACCCACCGUAGCAUUACAAGAUCAUGUAGCAGCAAACAACCCGCUUGUCUAAUUAUCACCAAUCCAUCAAAGCCAUCAUUCACUGUCCAACAACCAUUCCAUCUGGCAUGACCAGCCUCUCCGGUUCGAUGCAAGAAAUGAUUCACCGCUCAAAGAGACAAGCCCUACGCUAAGCUCACAACUACUGGCUCGGCCGCCCCCUUAAAACCCUUGC